GGAAGAAUGAAUGCAAUGGACUCAUGCGAUUCCAGCUUUCCAAGAGAUCUGUCAAGAUCAACGAGAGAUGAACCUCCAACCCACUACACUUUCAAAAUCACUCACUUUUCAGUGUUUGAGAAGUAUUCUAUACAAACAUGUCGUUUGCAGUCAUUCCAUGCGGGUGGCUACAAAUGGCAACUGGUUCUCUACCCAAAUGGGAAGGGCAAGGCAAAAGGUGGUCACUUGUCGCUCUACUUGAAAAUCACAAAUGCUACUUCUCUUCCCCUAGGUUGGGAGGUCCAAGCGGUUUUUCGCUUCUUUGCAUUUGACCAAAUUCGAGGCCAAUAUCUGAUGGUUGAAGAAACUCAAGGGAAGCGAUUUCAUGCGAUGAAAACCGAAUGGGGAUCUGAUGAGUUCAUCCCACUCAGAGUGUUCAAGAACCAAUCUUAUGGAUAUCUUGUUAAUGAUACAUGUGUGUUUGGAGCAGAGGUAUUUAUUUUUGGAGAGAGUAGAACAGGACAAAGUGAAUGUUUAUGUCUUUCAAAGGGAUCUAGAUAUUCCAAACGGAUCGUCAGAUUGUUUAGUAAAAGAUACCAUGAAGGUAAGCAGCCUAUUCUGCAAUCAGGCUAUGGUGUACCUAUGGGAAAGUCAGCUACAUAUGAUGCAACCUUUCCUUCUUCAAAAAUAGGAGAUCCAAUAAAAUCAAUGAGAAAUGAUAUUCCAACACACUACAUAUUUAAAAUUCUAUCAUUUUCAAAACUUUGCAAGCUUCAUGAAAGUAGAUGUGACUCAAAGGUUUUUGGUGCUGGUGGCUAUAAAUGGAAAAUGUCUCUGUCUCUGAACAAAAACAAUCAGCAGAAAGUACAUUAUCUGUCUCUCUACUUGGGCAUUGAAGAAACUGGAUCCCUCCAGCCUGGUUGGGAGAUUGAGGCAGUUUUUCGUUUAUUUGUAUUUGACCAAGUUCGAGGCCAGUAUUGGAUGCUUCAAGAAACCAAUGCAAAGUUUCAUGCACCGAAUACCGAAUGGCGAGUUGAUAAGUUCAUGUCACUGAAAACCUUUAGUGACCCAUCUUGUGGAUUUCUUGUUAAAGAUUCCUGUGUCUUUGGAGCUUCUGUUUUCGUUCGUAGGGAGAGAUGUUUGGGCAAAGGUGAAUGCUUGGAGAUGAUAACAGAAGGGAUUACUACUGAAUAUAGUUGGAAGAUAAAAAAAAUUUCACAGAAAAAAGGAUGCUGUGUAUCUGAAGCAUUUGGUUCUGGAUAUAACAAAUGGACUCUCCGUCUCUUUCCAGGAGGAUAUCAAGAAGGUCUGGGAAACUCUAUUUCUUUGUAUCUGGCAUCGGCUGAAUCAAGCCCCAUGCCUCCUAGCCAAGGACUAUGUGUAUGUUUGUCCUUGAGAAUGCUUGACCAGUCAAAUGCAAUUUACAUAUCUUCUGAUAAUCUUGCAGAUGCUUUCCCGUAUCCAAUCCAACAAGUCCUGGCUUUUUUGCAUUCAAGCCAAAGAUUCAUGCUGGGUUAUGCAAAGUUCAUGCCACUUAGUGUGUUUGCGGAUCCAUCAAAAGGUUUCCUCGUGCAAGAUACUUGCAUCAUAUCAGCAAAGAUCACAAUCCUUGGAUCAGUUCAAAAUUUUCGUAAAUUUUAG